CUCUAAAGUUGUUGGGCCUUGUCUUUGUGUCUCUAUGGCUACAAACACUAUGUUUCUUCUGCCUUCUCCAUGUACAGAGAACUUCCUCAAUAUCUUUCAGGUGGUCGAAAAAUAACUAAAAAUCAGUUCUAAAAAGGGAAGAAAAAAAAAGAAAAGUGAAAAGCUUGGACAAGAUGAUGCAUUCAUGAGUGAGGGAUGAAUUUUGGGAAGGCGGCAAAAGAGAAAAAGAAAACGCAAAGCGAUCAGCAGGAUCUUAUGAGAAACACUCAGGUGUCGGCAGAUAAGGAGUUGAGGCAGGUCGGUGUUAGGAAAUCGCACAACUCCAACCUGGAAGAAUAUGACAAAGUAUCUCCUGGUCCUUCUCAGUCUGUUCUGCGUUCCUCUUCCUCUCCUCUUCCACGGUCGAAAGAUCUCAGAGUAACUUUUCAACAGGAAAAUCCAAACAGCUUUCCAAGGACAAAAAGCAAACAAAAAGCAUCUCCUUUAUUAUGGAGCACUGAGAAGCAAUCAGUACUCACUCCUACACGGAGCACACCAGAGAUCGGAUCUUUAUAUUUGGACUCCGAUACUACAGAAGGAACCAAUAAACCAUGGGACAUGAAUUUUAGGGAUGUUGUUUUGUCACGGACCGAAAUGAAUCACCCUUUGGCCGAAGCAGACACAGAGCUGGAAUCACGUACUGACAGACUGCUCCGCCUUACCAGGGACUUAUAUGAAGUGACGCACCUACCUGAUGCUGCCAUGGAGUUGUUUGAGAUGAGACAAGAGGAAAGAUCACCAAAAUUUCAACCCUGCAUGAAUUCCUUAUUACAGUCAGACAAACAGGAAACCCGGCAGACUCCUAAGCAACAGCUGAAGAAACAGGGGAUCUUUCCAGAAAGCCCUGGAAGCCCUGUGCCUGGUCCAGCUGUCCAGCUCUAUGGCCCUGAUGUGUGUACUGUGUUGCGGAGUCUUCUGGACCUGGUGGACGAGCACUGGAGUGGGCAAUUCUCUCUCCAUCUCAAUCUCAACUUUAUGGUGAAAGCCAUCCUGCUUUUGUUACCUCUGACCAACCCUGUUCCAUCACCCCAACCUGAGGACAAGAAAGUAGGAGGAAAUAAUGAUGAACAGAAAGGGAAGCAGGAGAGCAGAGUAUGGUGGGAUGUGGAGAAAUCAAGGCGGCUUAAGAGCAGAGUGGUGAAUGAACAGUGUGGAGAUGAGGAGUGGGAAAGCUGUGGAGAACAACCGCCAGCAUUUGGUGUCUCUGAAGUUAGACGCCUGAAGAGACAGCUUGCCAAAACGCAACAUGAACAGGAAUGGCUGAAGACGAGACUGAUCACGGCUUUGAAAGAGAACUUCAUUUUGCGAGAAGAGAAAAUGAAGAUAAUUGCAAGUCUGAAAAGUGACACCAGACUGUUGGACUUGGGGGAACAUCUGGAUAGAGAAACACAAGUUCUUCGACAGCAAAACAAGCUCUUAAAGCAGUUGGAACGAACACUGCACCUUCUACAAGACAAUCACAGAUCCUUGGUAUCCCAUCAUGACUUGCUUCAGAAAUUAAUUAAAAGAACCAGCAAUUCCAGUAAAACAUUAUAAAUCUAAUACAUCAAUCCUUGUAAAAUGAAUGAAUUUGAAUAUUCUUUGUAUUAGCAGUUCAAGGCAAAACUUUGUAUUUCUAUUCAUUUAUUUUUAUUAUUAUAAUAUAUACUAUUAUUUGAGCAUGUGACUAAAGGAUAUGUUUAAAAUGUCAGGUUUAAAAUAUGAAGGAUGCCACUGUUAUCUAAUUCCUCCGUAUGCAUGAAUAUAUUAAAUUAAAUAGACUGAAUUAAAUGAAUAUGUUAGACAAACAAACUAUAUUUAGCCCCAUGAAGGGUUUAUGUAAGGUUUAUGAAUGAUAAACUGAUCUAUGAUCGAUCAGAAUUAUGUGAUGAUUUCUAUUUAUGUGAAUUUCCUAUGAACCUACAAGUAUUUAUACAUGCUUCACAUUCAAAUGAUAAAAAUUUUAAAAGGAGAAGUCCACUUCCAGAAGAUUUCAGGAUUUUUCUUCUCAUAGUACGAGACUAAGACCCUUCUUCCUCGGCUGGGAUUGUUUAGAGCCCUUCAGAAGUUUAGAAGCUGCAGUUAAACUGCAUUUUAGAAGUUCAAACUCACGGGCACCAUUGAAGUCCACUAUAUGGAGAAAACUCCUGAAAUGUUUUCCUCAAAAAAACGUGACUAAAGAAAGAAAGACAUGAAAAGUUUUGGAUGACAAGGGGGUGAGUAAAUUAUUUGUAAAUCUUUGUUCUGGAAGUGAACUUCCCCGUUAACGUUAGACCACCAGCAGAUGGUGCUACUGG